AUGGCACUGCAUCCCAAACCUUCUAGCAGAAGGUUUUCGGAUCUUGACCCUGAUGAUUCAUUCAAUGAAUCUGUACAUUUAAAUGAUUCCUGGUUUUACGGACCCCCAAGGAAGAAGCAAGAGUUAAGUCCGAACGACUGUAGAGGAAGCUCGUCGUCUUUACCGGGAACAUUCAAGAAAGCUUCUCUUGUCGAGAAAAGUUUAGGAGAAAUGGAAACUUUUCCAAAACAGCGUCUAGCGCUUGAGAAACUUUCGGAAUCGUCCAAAAUUUUUAAAAACUCGAGAGUAUUUAGUGUCGAGUGCCCUGAACAUGCUGCUGGUGAACGUCGAUAUCUUGUUAGCACUUUGGAGCGAUUUUGGGUUUGGUAUCAAUCUCUGGAGAAGCGGAACUUCUACGAGCUCAUAACAGAAUCGACACCUUGUCGGCUUUACUUUGAUUUGGAGUAUGCGAAAAGCUCCAAUCCUGACAUAGAUCAUGCGGCCGUAUAUAUGCAUUUCAUGGAGAAAGUAAAGUCCCAAAUAAAGACUGAUUUUGACCUGGAAGUUGAUCCAGAUAGGACGCAAAUUCGUCCUUUUUGCAAUCGACUUCAUGAUACGCUCCUGGAAAAUCCCCCAGCAAAGAUCUGGAAUAGCGAUGGAACCAAGGAAACUGUGCUAUUCGAUAGCGCUGUAUACACAAAAAAUCGCAAUUUUCGAUUGUAUCUAUCCUCAAAGCUCGGCAAAGAUACUGUAUUGAAGUUGGCCGACUACUGUAAAUUUUAUGGGUCAAAGAACCCAUCUGACAAAGAAAUCUUUUUCGACUCUAUCUGCGUCCCAGCAAAUGCAUGUAAAUUUCCUAUACUAAAAGUUCCAGACAUAAGUGAAGGUCAUGUUGGAAAAAUCUGCAGUACUCGAGUUUUAAAUGCAGCAAAAGUGCAGGAAGGUUCUGGACCUUCACCCUAUCCUCAUCUUGAUGAAUUCAUGCUUAUGGUGUGGAGGAAGUGGAGUCAAAGUGUCUACAUACGUCAGUGGAGGAUUACUGAGAAUGAAAAAGGUGCCAUCACAAGCAUCACUUACUAUCCAGCAAAUUGUCGCUACUGCUUCAAUAUCGGCCGCGAACAUAAGAGUAACGGGACUUAUUGGAUUGUCAAUUUGGAAAGGUAA